AUGCCUCAUAAUGAUGCCUUAGUGGUGACCCUUCGCUUCAAAGACUUCGACAUCAAAAGAAUUCUGAUUGACAAUGAGAGUUCGGUCGAAAUCAUGUACUAUGACUCGUUCAAACAGAUGAAGUUGGAGGACAAAGACUUGGCUCCAACAAUGUCUCCUUUGGUUGUCUUCAACUCUCAAUCGGAAUGGUCGAUUAGAAAGAUCAUAUUGCCUGUCAAAGCAGGAUUGGUCACGAAGCAAGUGGAAUUUUGGGUCCUGCGCUUUCCAGUGCUAGCCAGACAAGUAAAAGAGGUUUGGGGAGACCAAGUAACGGCGAAACAGUGCUUUGUCGCAGUAAAUGGUAGCCGGGCUGCCAAAGGCUUCGUUCAAAUAAUAGAAGGACCAGAAGGGAAGGAAGUCCUGGAAGACGUGGGAAGAAAGGCCGAGGAGAAUUCAAUUGAAGAUUUGGUGGAAGUGCGCAUCGACAAGAAUGAUCCAAAUAAGUUCUUUCUUUUGGGAUCAUCUUUGUCUAGCGCCGAGCGACUCGAUUAUGUCAACCUUUUGGUUUCUGACAUGGAGGCCUUUGCAUGGAUGCCUUAUGAUAUGCCUGGUGUCGACCCUAACUUCAUUUGCCACCAGUUGAAUGUCUUUCCGAAUGCAAGACCGGUCAUCCAAAGGACGUGA